AUGCAGUCGUGCCCUUACAUGCUCGGCCUCCGCGAGCCGAACAUCGCCAAAAAAUCGAGCAUCGACUAUGACGCCAUUUGCAAACUGGCCGAGAUCCAUAAUUUGAAAAAAAUCCCCAAACCGAAGAAGACUCGGAAAACCUCAAAAAUCAUCGUGGCGUCCGCUUCCCGCAUGUGGCGGACCCCGUCAAGUUGCUCCUCUAAUGGAGGAGCAUUGGACAAAUGGUGCGUAUGUAGAUGCGCUGGACUUGUGGUCUCAACUUUGGCGCCGGACUUAAGGGGAGACUGGGGUGUCGGAGGAUGGCGUACAACGGCAAAGAAACAGACCAGAACCACACACGCACCAUUUCAAUCGUCGAUUUCGAUCACCGUGAGUUAUGGUGUGUGUGGUUCUUGGGAUGAAAAAUAA